AUGGUGAAGGAGAAUGCAAGGAGCCCUCUCCCCUCCCCUCCUCCCUCUGGUGUGGCCAUGGGAAGCGUUGGCAGUGGAGUUGCGGGCGAGCAGGAGUUUGCCAUGAAGAGUGUUGGCACUAGGACCACGCUGCCCCGCAUGGCGCCCCACCACCUGCCCCGCCGCAGUCACAGUGCCGAGCGCGUACCGCCUCCGCUCCUGCCCUCCCUCAUCCACCCCAUGUCGGAGGGCACGGAGGUGGGCACGGAGGGGGGCUCCAGCGACGGGCGCAGCAGCAGCGCCACCUCCGACCGACCUCCGCCCACCACCAGCAUGGAGUCGUCCAGCGUGCUCACCUCGCCGCCCACCGAGCGUGCCGAGCGUGCCGAGCGUGCCUUCCGCGAGGUCCACCGGGGCGUGCUGGCGCUCGACCUGUGCGGGAACGUGGUGGCCGCCGCCGCCAGUCACGAGAAGACGGCCCAGCGCGUGCGCAUGGUGACCGGCCAUCAGCAGCAGAGCCGAGAGGCCAGCAAAGCCAAAGCUAUGGCCGGGGCCGCCGCCGCUGCAGCUGCUGCCAUGGCUGCUGCCAACAACCCCAAACCCAAACUCAAGCCCAAGCCCAAAGCAGAGAAGACGCCCCCCAAACUCCUGCCUGUGUCGGGGAAACUGGAGCACGUGCGGGAAAAGAAUAGCUCAGCCUUGGUGCGCCCCUCUGCCUUCAAGCCUGUGGUGCCCAAGAGCUUCCACUCCAUGCAGAACCUGGUGGGGAGAGCAGGAGGAGGAGACAGCUCCAACAUCCCACAGCCUCUCCGAGAGCUGGACAGCCCUCCGGGAGACACCGACGGGAACGGCGCGGGCGGCGGAGGGCAGAGCGGCAUGUCGGACUCGGGCAGCAACUCCCUGAGCAGCCUGCCCACCUACAGCAGCUCAGGCCCAGCCGCCCUCGGGCCCCUCAGUGCCUCCACCAGCCACCUCAACCGGCUGGGCACCAGCGCCGCACCCGCCGCCAGCACUAGCGUGGGCACCAACACGGCCGGGGGGGCCACGGGGGACAAGCCCGCCUACCAGAACGGCCUGGGCCUCAGCGCCUCGGACAGCGGACGCUCCUCGUCCGGGAAGAGCUCCUCGUCUUAUCCGCGGCUCUGUCACCAAGUGGACAUCCCCGCCACGGUCCGCCCCUCCCCGUCCUCCGACGACAUCAUCCAGGACCUGGAGGACCGCCUCUGGGAGAAGGAGCAAGAGGUGCUGCACAUGCGGCGCAACCUGGAGCAGAGCGAGGCGGCCAUGGUGCAGGUGUUUGAGGAGAAGCAGCGCGUGUGGGAGCGCGAGAUGGAGGAGCUGCGGCAGAACUACGCCGUGCGGCUGCAGCAGGUGACGCGGCGCGCCCAGCGCUCCCAGCAGGCGCUCCAGGGCCACGUGACGCGGCUGCAGCAGGACAAGGCCCGCCUGCAGGACGAGAUGGCCGCGCUCAUGGCCCAGCGCCAGGAGCUGGAGCGCAAGUGCCUGGACUACAGGAAGGAGCAGGCCGACAUCCUGCCGCGCCUGGAGGAGACCAAGUGGGAGGUGUGUCAGAAGGUGGGUGAGAUCUCGCUGCUGAAGCAGCAGCUCCGUGAGAGCCAGGGCGAGGUGACGCAGCGGGCCAGCGAGAUGCUGUCGCUCCGGGGGCAGCUGAAGGAGCUGACGGCCCAGCUCAAGCACCAGGAGGAGGCCAUCCUGGGCCUCAAGGAGUCCUACAACUGCAAGAGCCUGGAGCUCAAACGCUGUGAGGCCGAGCUGCAGAGAACUUUGGCUGAGGUGUCCAUGUUGAGAGAUAAGCUGCUGGUGUUUGAGGCCGAGGUGCUGGGGCUCCGUCGGGCUCUGGGGGAGAGGAGUCACGGCCAUGGGCACGGCCACGAGUCGGGAGGAGGGAGCCUGUCCUCGGGCCACUGGGCCAGCCUGCCCUGCCGGAACCCGUCGGACGGCAGCCUGAUGCCGCUCUCGUCCCACCCGGCGCUGCCGCUGUCGCUGCCGCCGUCCGAGGCGCUGCUGAGCCUGCAGAGCGACGAGGCCAAGGCGCAGCGGCGCGAGGCGGGCGACCUGCGGCGGCAGCUGGAGCGGCUGCAGGAGGAGCUGCGCGCCGAGCGGCAGCAGCGCGAGCGCCAGGCGCUCACCUUCGCCCAGGAGCGCCACGUGUGGCACGACGAGAAGGAGCGCGUGCUCAAGUACCAGGCGCAGCUGCAGCUCAGCUACGUGGAGACGCUGCAGAAGAACCAGGCGCUGGAGCGCCGCGUGGGCCAGCUGGGCCAGAGACUGGCCUCCUCGUCCUCCUCCUCGCCCUGCCCGUCGCCCGGAUCACCCCCGCCCACCACCACCACCACCACCACCACUGCCCUCACGCCGCCCACCAUCCUGCAGCCCCCCCUGCUGCCUCUCUCCCCACCUCCCUCCCUCCCCACCCCUGAGGAGCUCAAGCUGCCCCCCUCACUCCACCAGCUGGCUCCACCCUGGCCCGGGCCCUCCAGGCUGGAGCGGAUCGAGUCCACAGAGAUUUGA